AUGAUUUUUGGAUUAUUUGCUUUGUUAUCUACAUUGAUUUCAGCAGAAUCAACUAUAAGUGAAGUAACUAGAGAUUAUUGUUCACUUCCUGAUGCAAUCUAUGCAGAUGGUGUAUCUGCAGCUGAUUUUGGUGCUACUGGAUGGAGUUAUACUAACGCUGCUAACUGGGCAGGUAUUAUAACUAUUGUUAGUAUAAGAUUUUGUUGUAACAUGCGGGGGUAGUUUCUAAUCACCUAUAGACAUAAUAACAAUUGGUAGUGCAUAAGAAGCUAUACAACCACAAAUCAAUUAUAAAAGCAAGGAUGCUAGUACGGGAUAUGAAGAAGCAAACAGUAAUAUUUUGAUGAGAAUUUUUUAUAGAACCAUAUACUAAAGAAUAUGAAGGAGAGUAUUCAGAAAUAGAAGUAACUGAUGCCUCAGGUUCAGUUAUCCGUUAUUAUGCAAAAUAAUUCCACAUCCAUACCCCAUCAGAACAUACAAUAGAUGGAAAAUAUUAUGAUUUAGAAAUCCAUUUUGUUCAUCAAGUAAUAUUAUAAUCAUUCUAGGCUAUCCAAGAUGAUGAAUAAGAUUGUAAUAAAGUGAAAAAUAAACUUACUGUUUUCGGAAUAAUGUUUUAAGAAUCUUCAAGUGCUACAGAUUAUGAAGCCUUUAAACCAUGGUUUGAUUCUAAUGUUACUGGAGAAAUUGAUUCUUUUGAUUUGAAGUACUCUUAUUUUUCAAAUUAAAUUAGUGAUUUCUUCUCCAAAAUGUCUGAUGCAACAUAUUAUCAUUAUAAUGGAAGUUUAACCACACUUCCAUGUUCAUAAACUGUCAAUUGGGUAGUAUUCUAAUAGCCUUUACCAAUUUCAUCAACUUAAUUAAAAUAAUUCUAGGAUUUCUUAAGUGAUUCUACUCUAUUCCCAAUUAAACAUAAUAAUAGACCCAUUUAAAAUUUAAAUGGUAGAAAGAUAUUAAAAGGAGUAAUAUAUAUUAAUAAUUAUAUAUAGACUGCAAUUACUUCAGGUGUAACUGAAAUACCAGAUGUUUAAGGAUCAUUUGCAUAAACAAUUGCUAUGGCUAUUCUUAUAACCCUUUUAAUUUAAUGA